AUGACUGGUUGCAGGAGGAGGGGCCAGUCUCUAGCUCCAGGACUCAGGACCGCCGGGUGGGCCUGUGACAGUGGCAGCAUGCUUGGUUGUGGGAGGAAAGAAAAAUUGAAGGUGACCAUUCCCAAGGGACAUUUGGUGGCUAUAGUAGGAGGACAAGCUGAGCUUAUCUGCCAGUUGUUCCCACAACAGAGUGCAGAGCAUAUGGAGGUGCGCUGGUUCAAAGGGGACCAUUCCAAACCUAUUCAUCUAUAUAGAGGUGUUCAUGAAGUGAAUGAAGAAACUGCCCCAGAAUAUGCAGAUCGCACAGAGUUUGUAAAAGAGGUCAUUCGAGAGGGCAAAGUGACCCUCAGAAUCUACAAUAUCAGCAUUUCUGAUGAAGGAUCAUACCACUGUUCAUUUAAAGAUAAUGGCUUCAGUGAUGUGGCCAGCAUGAAUCUCAGUGUGGCAGCACUCGGCUUGGAGACCCAGAUUCUUGUUCAGGCCCCUAGCACUGAUGGGCUCACAGUGGGGUGUAACUCACGAGGGUGGUUUCCACAGCCCCAAAUGGAAUGGAGAGACAGCAGGGGAGAGGUAGUUCCAUAUUCAUCAAAAUUGUCCACACAGGAUGGAGCCAGAUUAUUCCACGUGGAGAUGACUCUUCUCCUCAGAAAAUAUUCACAGAGCAAUAUUACUUGCUACAUUUGCAACCCUCUAACAGGUGAAGGGAAACAAAUAAGUAUCAUCCUAGCAGAUGACCUGUUUACUUCACACCACAUUUGGAUGACGUCUUUGAUUUCAAUUCUGUGUAUAAUGUUUCUGUUGCCUGUUGGGUACACUUGCUUUCUGAGUUUCACAAUUAAAGAGCGUACAUCUCGAUGUCGUGUGUUGAAGUCAAGUGCUGCUCAGCUCCUGUGUUACAUGUUCUGUUGUGGAGUAGUCCUUGCUGUAUAUGUGCCAUUCCGGAGCAGAGGAGCAAGUGUGAAGAGACCACGAUACAGACCAACUCAGCCAUUGCAAGAGCUGUCUGAGGCCAAAACAAAUUACUCCCGAUUGUCAAGGAUUUUCAAGUUUGAUGACUUCUAUUUGCGGUCAGCAAUUUCUUUCAAAUGA